UUAGAUCAAACUACUCAGAAUAUAAAAUCAGUACUAUUAAAAAUAUUAGAAGACUAUAAUAUUAAUGAAAAGCUAUUUAGACUUACUAUAGAUAAUACUAUAACUAAUAAAGCUAUAAGCUAA